AUGGAGCGGAUGAAAUCCCUAGCGAGGAGUUUCGUGUACUGGCCCAACAUCGAUGAUGUCGUCGAAGACUACGUCCGCUGCUGUAGAUCCUGUGCUGAAGCUGCUAAGUCACCACGCAAGACGGACCUGGAGUCGUGGCCCAUUCCAUCGAAGCCGUGGGAACGAGUCCAUAUUGAUUAUGCUAGCCCAAUCAAUGGAUACUACUACUUUCUGGUAAUCGACGCAUAUUCAAAAUGGCCAGAAAUCUAUCGCACUCGAAGCACAAGUACAACAAAGACACUGGAGAUGCUAGACGAGAUAUUUGCAAGAUACGGCAAUCCCAAAACUCUCGUCUCGGAUAAUGGAUCGCAAUUUGUUAGCGCCAGAUUCAAGCAAUUCUGUGAAGAAGCUGGAAUCACCCACUUAACGAUUGCGCCCUACCAUCCACAGUCUAAUGGACAGGCUGAGCACUCAAGAGACACGCCCAAUCGAAGUGCUCCUGAUCAUAAGUCUCCUGCAGAGCUUUUCCUUGGUAGACCCAUCACUACUACUCUGGAUCUGCUCAAACCCCGGAAGACACCGACACCAGCUGUAAACAGUAAGCAAAAUAACCAGUUCAAUCGACACCAUGGCACCGUUAAGAGAGAGUUCUGCACUAAUGAUUUGGUGUAUGCAGAGGUUCAUCAUCGCAAUCAAGUCUCCUGGGUUCCUGGCAAGGUGAUCGAGAAGAAAGGUUCCGUCAUGUAUGCUGUCCUCCUGGAAUCCGGUCGUCUUAUCCGUUCUCAUACGAAUCAGCUACGACAGCGUCAUCUGGAAUCCUCUAGUGAUGCUACCGAGACAAGUUUGCCAUGGACUAUGCUGCUUGAGGAAUUGGGUAUGCAAGAUUUGUGUACCCCAUGCCCCAAUGAAACUGCCGAUCCUGAUUUGGAAAAAGCUCAACAACCACCUGAAGUACUGCCCGAGAUGCCACCCUCAGGUCAACAACCACCUGAAGUACCACCUCCUACCGAACCAACAUUGGAUCAAGAAGAGGUUCCAGUCCCUGAAGCCGUUGUUGAAGUCAUUGAACCACAGUGCUCCAAUCAACCCGUUCCUAACCGUAGGCUUCCAGCAUGGCUUGCACCGUACGAUCUCUUUUAA